AUGACCUUGCAUACUUCCGUGGCUAUUGCGCUGUGGGGGUCUUCGCUGAAUGCAGGAUAUUGGCAGGGUUUCGGGAUCUUCGUCUUGACAGGCUCAUCCGACGAAGUGAUCUCACCCAACCCGGCUACCUGGUUCGCCCGAUUGUGGGAUCGCAAGAUCUUUACGAUCGCACGAUCACACAGAUGCCUCUGGAGCUGUGUGCCUUGA